UUCUCACCACAAACUACCACCAGAAUUCUCAGUUCUUCGUUCUCCCCUUCACCUAGCUCUCCCCUCCUCACAUCUAAACACUUAUAACACCUUAGAGCUAGCUAUAGAAUCCAAGCCACAUCCCAUUUGAAAGAGGAGAAUCAGGUAGAUUGUAAAAAUUCAAAGUCUCCUCUUAUCAUCAUCAUCAAACUCAAGUAGCAGUAGGUUUCGAGCUUUCCUUCAAGCCCACACAAACCCUGGUUCGCACAGCAUCUCUCUUCCGAAGCUACCUCCCCCGAUCGACAUGGAGGAGAUGAGACUGAAAGAAGAAAACACAGCAAUCAACAGCACAAAAAUGCAGCCCAUGAUGAAGAAUGCAAGAGAGGAGAACCAUGUCUCCCAGCUUUAUGCCAUCAUGGAGGCCGUCGCAGAUAGGGCGGAGAUGCAUGCCAUCAUUGGAGAGCAGAGAAACAAUUGGAAUCACCUCUUUCUCCACUCCAUCAACUUCAUCACUCUCACCGCCUCCAUCAUGGCUGGCAUCUCCUCAAUCCCAGCAGCACAAGCAGCAGCUCCCCACCUUUUAGCCUUCAAGCUCUCUUCGGCUCUCCUGUUCACGGCAGCAACUGGGAUGAUGCUGGUUGUCAACAGGAUUCAGCCUUCGCAGCUCGCUGAAGAGCAAAGGAAUGCCACCCGUUUGUUCAGGCAGCUAGAGAAGUCGAUCAGAACCGCUCUUGCUCUCAGAACUCCUACUAAGCUCGAUGUGGAAGAGGCUAUGGCGAGGGUGCUGGCACUGGACAAGGCUUACCCUCUCCCUUUGCUGCCGGGAAUGCUUGAUAAAUUCCCGAAAACAGUAAAGCCUGCUGUUUGGUGGCCAGAGCUUGAUCAUAGCCAUCUGCAGCGCACAAGAAGAGCAGAAGGCGAUGGGUGGAGCAAAGAACUAGAAGAGGAGAUGAAGGGUAUUCUUGGGGUGCUAAAGAGGAAGGAUGAAGAGGAAUACGUGAGAUGGGACAAGUUGGUGCUGAAGAUCAAUAGGAUUUUAGCAGUUUCGGGGCCUCUACUUGCAGGUCUAGCUGCAGUUGGAGCUGGUUUGAUUGGAAUUCCAGCACUGGGGCUAUGGCCGGCAUUGGUUGGGGUGGUUGGUGGGGCACUUGCGGCCACAAUGAACACCUUGGAGCAUGGAGCGCAGGUUGGAAUGGUCUUCGAGCUUUUACGCAACUGUGCCGGCUUCUACCUUCAAUUAGAAGAGGCCAUUGAGUCCAACUUGGGAGAGAAGGAGGUGAAGAACAGAGAGAAUGGAGAAAUGCUAGAGCUGAAGAUGGCAUUGCAGCUUGGGAGGAGUGUUUCUGAGCUUAAAAGCUUUGCAUCAUAUGCUUCUUCCUCGUCUAAAAAUGGAGAAGCCCCGGAGUUCGCUGGAAAGCUGUUCUGAUAGCUUUCUGUGCGAGCUGUUCAUGUAUCAGAUUUUGAAAACUGGGGAACAACUUAUCCUUAGUUCUGUAACUUUUUUUUCUUAAUUAUGCGGGAAGCU